ACGGCUGACGUGCUGGCCCUGGCUGACGGGUGACGGCUGACCGGUGGGGAGUGGCAGGUUACCGGAGCCACUCCUGGCGCUGCUGGACGCCCACCUGUCAGUGUAUAGUUAUGUGGGGGGGCACCGGCCCACCCAGGCCGACCGGGCUGUGGCGGCCUCAGGCUGUGUCCCCCCUGGCCUGCCCGACUUCCUGCCCAGCCUUCGGCGGUGGGCUGCGCACAUGACCACCUUCUCCUGCAGUGAGAAACACGCGUUCCCCCCACACACAGAUGGCUGCAAGAGUUGUGAGAUGCAGUGUAAGCACUCUGCCCCUCACUAGACAAUCAGGGCAUGGCACAGUAGCUAAGGCUGGGCAGUUAGGGCAUGGCACUCCUUGGCCCGGCGAGGAGGUGCCUGGCGUGCAUUGGCCGGUGGGUGGCGGUGGCCGGGAAAGACUUCCCCGUUGCUGUGUGUGCCACCCGGCCCUCAGCCCUCCCUGGCACACGAGGCCUGGCAUGCAAGAUGGAGGACCAACUGGCUGACCUGGUGAACAAAAACAUGAAAGCGAGUGACAAUGAAGCUCCUAAAAAGACUCCACAGGGCAACAAAGGUGGCGGUGGUGGUGGUAGUCCCUCCAAAAGCAAGUCUGGCAAGUUUACCCUCAAGACCCCCAAGGGCACGAGGGACUACGGACCCGUGGAGAUGGCCAACAGGCGGGAGGUGUUCAACGUGAUCUACUCAGUCUUCCACAUGCACGGGGCGGUGGAGAUCGAGACGCCGGUGUUUGAGUUGAAGGAGGUGCUCACGGGGAAGUACGGCGAGGACUCCAAGCUCAUCUAUGACCUCGAGGACCAGGGCGGCGAGAUCCUGUCCAUGCGCUACGACCUGACGGUGCCGUUCGCGCGCUACGUCGCCAUGAACAAGAUCGCCAACAUCAAGCGUUACCACGUGGCCCGAGUCUACCGCCGGGACACCCCAGCCAUGACCAGAGGUCGCUACCGAGAGUUCUACCAGUGUGACUUUGACAUAGCGGGGCAGUACGACGCCAUGAUUCCUGACGCUGAGUGUGUGCAGCUGGUACAUCAGGUGCUCUCCAAGCUGGACCUCGGGGAGUUCACCAUCAAGAUCAACCACAGAAAGAUCCUGGAUGGUGUGUUUGGCAUCUGUGGCGUGCCCAGCGAAAAGUUCCGUCCCAUCUGCUCCUCAGUGGACAAGCUGGACAAGUCGCCGUGGGAGGAUGUGAGGAAGGAGAUGGUGACCGAGAAGGGGCUGGACGAGGAGGUGGCCGACAAGAUUGGGAACUACGUCAAGCUGUCCGGCCGGGAGGAGCUGAUCGAGAGGCUGGCCAACGACGAGCUGCUCAAACAGUCCCCGGCGGCCCAGGCUGGCUUUGCAGACCUCACACUCCUCUACCAGUACUGCAAGAGCCUGGGGUGCGCCGACCACCUCGUAUUCGACAUGGGUCUCGCCCGGGGCCUUGACUACUACACUGGGGUCAUCUACGAGGCGGUGUUGUCGGCGGGGCAGACCAUGGGAGAGGAGGGGCCGGUGGGCAGUGUGGCGGGGGGCGGGCGCUAUGACGGGCUGGUGGGCAUGUUCGACCCCAAGAAGAAGACUGUGCCCUGUGUUGGGGUGAGCUUUGGCAUUGAACGGCUCUUCACCAUCCAUGAGCAGAAGCAGCGCGCCGAGAGUGGGAAGCUGCGGUCCACCCAGACUGAGGUGUUUGUCGCCACGGCCAACAAGGGGAUGGUGCAUGAGAGGCUCAAGCUGGUGGGGCUGCUGCACGGCGCCGGCAUCAAGGCUGAGGGGAGCUACAAGAACAACGCCAAGAUCCUCAACCAGCUGCAGUAUGCUGAGGACAACAAGAUCCCCCUGGUGGUGCUGAUUGGGGAGUCUGAGGUGGAGGCGGGCGUGGUGAAGGUGCGGAAGACUGUGACGAGGGAGGAGGUCACUGUCAAGAGGGAGGAGCUGGUGGGGGUGCUGCGGGAGAAGCUGACAGACCUCUAGGGGCGCUACUAAGGUGUUUACAGGAGGCUUCUUAGUAUGGGAGGAGGAGGAGGGGGAGGGUUAUGCCUGCCGAAAAGCUUUGUGAUGUUUUUUUAUUAUUUUUAUUUAUGUACGUGUUAAAGGUGGCUAAUAAUACCAGAUCUUCCGAUAUUAUUAGUGAUGCGUUGCCUUUAUUUUUUGUCCUAUAGUCUGAUUAGUCUCGUCAGAUUGCAUUCCAAGGACACGGGUUGCUGCCAAGAAAGUCCUAAGGCUGGUUUGUGAAUCUAUUUUAUUUCUUUAGUUUUGUCUAGUUUUUGAAACUCCCAGUUGGCAAUCUUGGAAUAAAUAGGGUUCAUCAGUUGUUUGGAGAGUGGUACUUGGCCCCCAACACCAGACAAAGGCUGUCCUCCAAGGUCCCACUAAAACCUCCUGCCGUAUUAUUUAUUGGGUGUUCUUGCCCCAUCAGUGUGCAUGGCGAACCCUUCCUCCUCCCCUGCACUCCUCCGGUAGACUUGGGCGUUGCACCAAAGUAGGGCGGUGAUGGCCGGGCAGUGGUUGGUACAGUUACAUCUCUGGCUUCUGUGAUUUUACCUGUUAAGGUGUUUGGCCAGGUAUAUUUUAAGCAAUAUUUGACUCAUUUUUUUUUUCUUGUAUAUUUUGUUAACUUUUUUGGCAAGGAAACUUAUGUAACAUUACAAUGCAUAAAUGUCACAGAAAGCUAAUUUGGAAGGUGACACUUAUGAUUAUAAUGAUGAAUUGCAUGACCUAUUUCAUUAAGAUCAUAAUCACCAUGACCCGGGGUUUUUCCAUUGUCAGAGUGGAGGGUUAGACAAUCCAUUGAGAAUGAAAGUGGUCAGGUGGGGAAUGUUGUCCUUUAGAAAUGGUUACAAUUCAUAUCUGAAAACCUGAAUUGUUGUGACCUCUGAAUCCAUGUUAACAUUUAAGAGAAGGCAGAAGGCAGUAGCAGCAGCUAACAAAGCUAGGCCACAGGGAGUCUUGUGGCACCUGUACAGGAGACUUGUAAUAGCAAACAAGUCAACACACGUCGUUGGCUUCCAGGAAGGUUUGUGAUCCAUCAGUUUUCAUAAAUUAUGUUGCAACAAUUAUGUCCCCGUUUAUUUACUGUGUUGGAUGUGAUGGGAAUGUAUUUUUCCCGAGUUCGACAUAUUUCAAGGUAAAUGAUUAUAUAAUAUUAAUAUUUAUAAUGUAUUGAUUUUGCACAGUGCUUCACAGUGUCUGUACUGCUGAACGUUGCAGUCACAAUUACUUUAAAGGUAUAUGUAGGAGGUAUGCCGGUGGUAGGAGGCAUGUUGGAUGGGCAGUGUAUUUAUUGUGUACAAUAAGAAUUCCUCUUCUGUUCCUCAGUGUAGGGGAAGCACAGCAUGCCUUGGCUGCUGGGGCUGGUAGUACUGCACAGGUGGGUCUGCAUCACUUCUCUGAUGCUCAGCACUUAAACUGCCAAAGCCUUUGUUUACUUUAUAAUAAAGGUUCCAGCAAGACUGUCA